CUCGAGGAGCAUCCCUAUAGCAGACGACGAUGCGGUGCCACCUUUUCUUCGGGAUGAGCUGACUUUAGGAUAACAAGAUGAGCACUAACGCUAUCAGAGGGAUUCGGAGAAAAAAGUCAUCCCUAUCGGAAGUGAAAAUUGCGGUUUUAGGAGCCUCCGGUGUCGGAAAAAGCGCUCUGAUCGUUCGUUUUCUGACCAAACGAUACAUCGGCGAGUAUGACCAUCAUUCGGAGAAUCGCUAUAAGAGCGAGAUUAUGGUCGACGGAGAGCCGGUUCUCUUCGAGGUCUUGGACACAUGCAUAAGAGCCGACGGUGAACUGCCACGUGAGGACACACUUCAGUGGGCGGAUGGCUUUAUGCUGGUGUACUCCAUUGUUGACCGGGGGAGCUUCAAGUACGUCCGCCAACUUCGGCAGCACCUGCUCAGUACCUUGGCGAACCGAACCAUGAACAGUAGCGGCAAUGGAACACUGCCUGUGGGGCCUCCGCCAGUCUGCAUCGUAGCUAACAAAGCGGACCUUAUACAUUUGCGUCAAGUCAGCACCGAAGAAGGUGAGAUCCUGGCCAAAGACAUGGACGACGUGUUCUCUGAAGUGACCGCGUCAGAGCAAGUAUCUCAAGUGGCCGAAGCCUUCCGCGACCUCUGCAGGGACGUGUAUGCUCACCGGCGGCGCUCAAAGCAGUCCCUGCUCGAUAGGGUCCUCGCGGGAACAAAGGGCAUCGGCAAGAAUAAUGACAGCAAUCGAAAGUGAGACAAACCCAACAGACACUCUUCGCGGCGGUAACACGUGCGUCAUUGUUGAUAUCUGCCGAUAACAAAUAGUGACUUGACAAAACAAAAUCUUGACCGCAGCUGGUCGAAACCUCGUGGCUGGAUCCCGAGGUUCGUGCUAGAGCGCCCAGUGUGUAUGUUCGUAGGCCGUGAGGACGCUCUCUUUUAAAUGGACAGCAUGGAACAUUCUUAUCUUGGCAAAUGAUUGAAGAUAGCGACGCAAUCACGCUAUCUCUCUGGUCAUCGCCGUGGUUUCGGAAUGCCCUGGAUCCUAGAAAAAUGUUUGUGAAGUUGGAGGAAUGUGUUUAACUUGGAAGCCUUUGUUUUUUUGCGGGGGACGGGAAAGCCCCGAGUGUCUCACAGUAUACAUCUCGAAUUUCCCUAUAAGGGGCUAAGAAUCUUCUGAAGGUUUUCAGGUAUCGUUCAUCGGAAGUGUCGAAGCUGCUAGUCUGCUUUCUUGGAACGAACCGUGAAAGUAGAUAUCUGACGUCAUAGGUCCCCCAAACGGCGCAUGCUCUGUACAGACCUCAGCACAGCGGUCUCGAGAGGGCAUACUGGUUAGCUGUACGCAAGAGCAGUGACAGUGCAUGAAGAUUGACAACGCUGAGUGGCAUUGUGAAAAUAUAAACAUUUUCUUGCACCAGUACUUGCGGAAUGGCCCGAGUCUAUUGAGACGAGUGUGUCGCAAGUAGUACAUUUAUUUUCGUUUAGGGGUCGUAACAGGACGAAUAGUCCUAUACCCGGAACUUGAAAAAAAAAACGAGUGGGCAAAAAGCUGUUGUCUAUUCCUUCCAAAGCAAUUUUAUUACCUUCAGCGUGAAUUGCGAUGUUGCCGUGGAAGUCCCGAAAAA